CUUCCCCGAGCGCCCAGAGAGACUCGCGGCCGUCAAGGGAAAGUUGCUGCAAUGCGGCCUAUGGGAGCGCUGCGUCCCGGUGGAGGCCCGGCUGGCUACCGAGGAAGAGAUUCUGCUAGCCCACAGCCAGGAGUACGUGGAGCUGAUGAAGUCGACGGAGCAGAUGAGCGAGCAGGAGCUCAGGGCCCUGUCGGAGACGUACGACUCCGUCUUCCUGCACCCGGGUUCGUACCGCGGCGCCCGGCUGGCUGGCGGCUGCGUCCUGCGGCUGCUGGAGAAGGUGCAGAGCGGGGAGCUGCGCAACGGGCUGGCGUUGGUCCGGCCACCAGGACACCACGCCCACCGAGAUAAGAUGGAUGGUUACUGCAUGUUCAACCACCUGGCCAUUGGGGCCAGAUACGCCCGGCAAAAACUGGGAGUGGAACGAGUCCUGAUCGUCGACUGGGACGUUCACCAUGGGCAGGGCACCCAGUUCCUCUUCGAGGAGGAUCCCAGCGUUCUCUAUUUCUCCGUCCAUCGCUACGAGCAGGGGAGGUUCUGGCCCCACCUUCCGGCUUCCGACAGCCCCGCCGUGGGGCAGGGCCGCGGAGAGGGAUUCAACAUUAACGUGCCGUGGAACGCGGUGGGAAUGAGGGACGGGGAUUAUCUCGCUGCCUUUUUACACGUCUUACUGCCAGUGGCCUUUGAGUUCCAACCCCACCUGGUUCUAGUGGCCGCCGGGUUCGACUCUGUGCUCGGGGACCCCAAGGGCGAGAUGGCUGCGUCGGCCGCGUGCUUCGCGCACCUGACUCAUCUGCUCAUGGCCCUGGCGGGAGGCAAGGUGCUGCUGUCUUUGGAGGGUGGCUACAAUCUGACCUCCCUGGGCGAGGGGGUCUGUGCGGCCCUGAGGACCCUCCUGGGGGACCCCUGUCCCCAGCUGGAGCCGCCUGUUGCCCCCUGUCGCAGCGCUCUGAGCUCCGUGUCCAGGACGCUCGCGAUCCACGAGAAAUACUGGCGGAGCCUGCGGAGAGGGGCUUCCGACUCCACAGCCAGGAGCCCCACAACCCCAUCCCCCUGCUAUACCCAGCCCUCAAACUCCCACUGGGCCCCCUGA